UGGGUCAGGAGGAUGAGCAGCGCAUGGCUCUGAAGCAUGGAGGGGGUUCUGUACAAGUGGACCAACUAUCUCACAGGUUGGCAGCCUCAUUGGUUUGUUUUAGAUAAUGGAAUAUUGUCCUACUAUGAUUCACAAGAUGAUGUUUGCAAAGGCAGCAAAGGAAGUAUAAAGACAGCAGUUUGUGAAAUUAAAGUCCAUUCAGCAGACAACACAACAAUGGAAUUAAUCAUUCCAGGAGAGCAGCAUUUCUACAUGAAGGCGGUCAAUGCAGCGAGACAGAGGUGGCUGGUAGCUCUGGGGAGCUCAAAAGCCUGUUUGACUGACACUAGGACUAAAAAAGAAAAAGAAAUAAGUGAAACCAGUGAAUCUCUAAAAACCAAAAUGUCUGAACUUCUCCUCUACUGUGACCUUUUAAUGCAGCAAGUUCAUACGAUUCAAGAAUUUGUUCACCAUGAGAAUCAUUCAUCUCCCAGCAUAGAGAACAUGAACGAAGCCUCUUCCCUACUUAGUGCCACAUGUAAUACGUUCAUCACAACGCUUGAGGAAUGUGUGAAGAUAGCAAAUGCCAAGUUUAAACCUGAGAUGUUUCAGCUGUCCCAUCCGGAUCCCUUAGUUUCUCCUGUGUCACCUUCUCCUGUUCAAAUGAUGAAGCGUUCUGUCAGCCACCCUGGUCCUUGCAGUUCAGAGAGGAGUAGCCACUCUAUAAAAGAACCAGCGUUUACACUUCACCGGCUCCCCCAGUGACGCCGAAGAACCUACUCAGAUAUAGACUCUUGUAAUGAUAUCCCUCUUGAAGACCCAGAUAUGCCUGUUCACUGUUCAAGAAAUACACUUAAUGGGGAUUUGGCAUCAGCAACCAUUCCUGAAGAAAGCAGACUUAUGGCCAAAAAAAAAUCUGAAUUGGAAGAUCCUCUUUCAUCCGUUUCUUCCUGAGGAAACAGAAAUGUCCA